AUGAAGUCCAAUCAUUCGCUGAAAAAUUUAAUUGCAGAAAACUCAAUUGGGAAUCGAAUCUGGUUUAACGUACCAACGUCCAACGGUCUCACUACUGUAAUGCUCGAUACAAAUAGAUGAAAGUCUAGUCAUGAAAAGUAGUUAUCUACAGUUACUGUAGAAAUUACGCAAUCACGUGUUUUAAUAUUAACUACUAUUUAACUAUAAAAUUGUAAUUAAAAAGUAGAUGAUCGAGAUUUUCUCGGCCACAGGUGUUUCCAACUGAAUGGUGUAUUUGGCGUGAUUAUGUAGGUUCAACUGGCCAUUUGCUUGGUGCAGCAGGCGCCAUUGAAGCAGUUUUUACAACUUUGGCUGUACAUGAGGUAUGUACAUUUAAUAUUUUUCUUUCUUCUUCCGGUUCCGUCUAGACGGAGCUUGAAAGUGUAUUUGAAUACCCUGAAUAUCCUGCAGUUCAACGUACUUUUUCACCCAAAAAGUCAUUGCUGUUUAAGUCGGAAUAGUAUAGUAGUAGUAUAUAUUUCCAAAUCCUAACACUAUCCCUUAAAAACCGUCCACAAUAUUUCUGAUAAAGUAUUGUCCAUUUAUUCUACUAAAAACCGUUUCUUGUUUUAGGGUGUUGCACCGCCAACAUUAAACUUACAUGAAGUAUCUUCAAAAUCUGAGUUUAAUUUGAAUUACGUUCCAAACAAAUGCGAGGAGUUGCUUGUUGGUAAAGGUAAAAGACGUAUCGCAUUGUCCAAUUCAUUUGGCUUCGGGGGAACUAAUGCUUGUCUUUGUAUUGGCGAAGUGCUAUGAAAUGUAUAAGACUUCAAAUCUUCAACUACGUUCCUAAAACAUUUGAAACAAAGUUGAUAACACUUGCAUGUCGUGCAAGGUUAUAGGAAAAGGACAUCUAGCCUCAUCCGCAGGCAUUUUCUUAGCGAACAGACAAAGCCGCACUAUACAGUAACCCAUCUCUGAUAACCCAUGUACAAGAGAUGCCUACGGAGCUUCAUAUAUAUAGACCUGGAAAGAGUUGGUUCCUGUAUUCUUUGCGUAUUGCAUAAGCAACACUGAAACCUGAGAACAUUUUCAGUUUUUCGCAUGCACUUUUUGAAUUUUUACUUUACAGUAAAAAUAAUUAAAACCAAAAUACUGUUAACUAUACUUUAUUGUUGCACAGUUACAUAAUUAUGGGAUAAAUGUACUGGCAAAUUUCUCAAUGUUUAUUUGAAAAAGACGAAUUCAAUAUGUGACGUCAUGACGCGGGCUCUCGUGCGCAAUGUUGGUACGUUGAGUUUACCUCAGUUGUUAAUAGAGUGCAUUAAGCUCCAUUAUGUAUUCCCUGGGGUCGGUUGUAUACGAAGGCAGGAUAACGCUAUCCACCGGAUAGUGAUUAUUCCAACCGUUGUAAAAAAUUAUUCACACUUCAAAGGCUAUUAAAGUACGGAUCCAUACCUCACAAUUCAUAAAAAGAAACUUUAAUUUACAAAUACUAAAGCUUAAUCUUGGUAAUACCUAUGUAUACGGAUAAUUUUAGAAAGCUUGAAAAAUUCACUAUUCGGUGGAUAGCGCUAUCCAGUCUUAACCAUAAAUAGGUAGUUUUAUGAUGUCUAUAGAUAGGUGAACCAGCAAUAAUAAAAUUAUAUAGCAAGGUG